ACGCCGCGAGCGCUGGACACGCGUGAUUGACAAGUGGAACUCACCGUUGAGCGGGUCGCUGAAAUUCUAGCGGCGAGGUUUAGUGUAAAGACGCGGGCUUAGCGCGAAAUAGUUGUUUGCAGUUGUUUGGGGGAAGUGAAAGUGAACUAGCGGUAUAAACAGUAACGAUGAAGGUUCUUGGACCUAGUGCUGCAAUCUUGCUGGCGGUGUUUGUGUGGGGUGCAAAUUCGAUAUAUGUUCCCACACUGUUCGAUUUCAUCAGUCAAAUCCAAAUAUCAAACGUUUCCAAUCUACUAGUCAACGAUACGCUCCUCCCGGACUGGGAUAAUCGAGCCAGUAUAGAAUUCAACCCAGGUGCAAAUGAAUCUCUAUCACCAGUGGUGUGCGUCCUUACAACGUCGAUGGAUGAUCUUCCACCGGAUUUGUUCUCGAAAACCGAACGACUCCAAGGUGCAAUCAUCUUCCAUUUCAUCGCAGCUAUCUAUUUCUUCACAAUAUUAGCAUAUGUCUGUAGUGAGUAUUUUUUGCCUUCGGUGGAGUACAUUUGCGCAGAUCUAAAUCUAUCCGAGGAUGUAGCAGCCGCAACUUUUAUGGCCACGGCCACUUCCAUGCCUGAAUUUUUCACCAAUACCAUCAGCACUCUGGUGGUCGAUUCUGACAUGGGCUUAGGAACCAUCUUGGGGUCCAUGCUGUUCAACACCUUGGGCGUCGCUGCUUUGGUCGGGUUGCUAACCAAAUCGCACGUUAAACUAGACUGGUGGCCUUUGACUCGAGACUCCGUAAUUGUCAUCAUCAGUACCAGCUCGCUGGUUUCUUGCCUUUGGGAUGAACGUGUCUAUUGGUACGAAUCGCUAGUCUUCGUCGUACUCUACGUUCUGUACUUUUUUGUGAUGUUCCAAAACGAUCGCAUGAAGCGUCUCGCUGUAUCCUUAAUCGAAGAUCGAUGGAAUCUUUGUCGAAGACUGGAGAAAAAAUCUUCCGAUGAACCAAUAUCUGAACACAAACAUCAUCGAAAAUACUCGAUAGCCGUACUGGGAGAGGCCAUCAAUACAACUCUUCAAAUUCCUACCAGUGAUAAGCAAGUUCCUCGAGUCUCUUGCGACUCAAGUGCCGAAUCGGACCAUUCGGAUAACAGCAGAAUGCAGCUACUGAAGAUCUCUGAAAAAUCAUGGUUUGGGAUAUGUUGGUGGUUGUACACGUGGCCUUUCCGGGUGGUCAUCAGAUGGACGAUUCCUGAUCCACGAGUGCACCGUAAACUGUAUCCGUUGACGUUUUUAAUGUGCAUUGUCUGGAUCGGCGGAACAGCGUAUAUGGUAUUCUGGAUGAUGUCCAUCAUCGGUAGUACGUUUGAUGUUCCGGAAACGGUAAUGGGACUGACUUUCCUGGCCUUCGGAGGAUGUAUGCCAGAAGCAGUGUCUGCAGUUACGGUCAUCAGAAAAGGAAAUGGUUCCAUGGGUGUAUCGAAUUCGCUUGGGGCAAACUCUCUCGCAAUUCUAUUCUCGCUAGGAUUGCCUUGGUUCAUCCGCAACAUGAUGGAAGGAGGAGCUACUACUGGAGCCUACAUUGAGAUCAAUUCCUAUGGAAUGCAGUAUUCAGUGUUGGCCCUGUUUCUUGCGAUAGGCAUUCUUUACUUGGUGUUGUAUCUGGCAAAGUAUACCCUUCGAAAGUUGGUUGGAUUAGCUUUAGCGAUAGCCUACCUGGUGAUUGUUACCUUUAUGAUUCUAGUCGAGUUAGAUGUAUUUUUUCCUUCGAAAAAUAUAUGUUAAAUAUUUAUUGUU